AGGCCCGUGUUUAUGUAUUAUCUCGAAAUUGAUGAAGUAGAUCCGGUUGUGCAUGGGAGCUAUCCGGAUGUUGAGCGGGGGUUCCUGGAAGCUUAUUGAGGACAUGCAGAAAGCAAAGAAAGAGAUGGAAAAACUAAAAGGGGAGGCACAAGCCAACAAGGAUCACAUGCUACAGUAUAAAGAAAUAGCACAAGUGAAUGAAGUUGCAUCGAAGAAAAUUGAAUCUGCUCAUGAAAAAUUCAAGGUUGAGGCUGACAAGCUAAAGAAGUCACUGGAGGAUGAAAUUCACUUUCUCAAGGGAAGGUUUCAGAACUUGAAAGUGAUCUUGUGUCAAAGUCUAUAGAAGUUACAUCUGUAGUUUCAGGGAAAGAAG